AGGCGUAGGAGAGAAGGUGAGGGAUUCGGCGGGGACCCCGAGGGUUGGGUUGGAAUGCGAGAACGGACCCCUCCUGCGGACCCCCAUGUCAGGUCCUGCUGCUUCUGGCGGAGGCACCGCGGGUCAGCGAGUGGUAGCGACCCACCUCGAAGCGAGAUUCCGGAGGAGGAGGCAAGGAGAGGCCCAGGAGUAAUGGCGUCCAAAGAGAUACAAGUGGUAAAAAACCUCAACGUGGAAAGUGCUGAACAGGAAAACGAUGGAAGGGAGCAAGCCUCCAUGAAGAAUGAGGAAGAAUCCAGCAACCUGGGUGGAGGUGAAGCCCAGAAGCCUGAAGGAAAUGUCAAGCGGGGACGAGUCAGGCGAUUUGUUCCUAAUUUUCGAUGGGCCAUGUCUAAUAAGCAUGUUGACCGAAAUGAAUUGGGAGGAAAAGACGUAGAAAGAUGUGUAGGGCAGAUGGUGGAAGUAAAGAAAAAGGCUAAGGAGAGGCAGGUGAGAAAUUACAUGCGCUUCCAAACUCCGGAACCUGACAAUCAUUAUGACUUUUGCCUCAUACCUUGAAACCUAAGGUUUUUCCCUCCUCCCCCAGUCGCAAUGUCGCCACUACUUUUCAAGCUUGCAUAUUUUUAGGUUCAGGUUUCUGUAGUGCAAUUCGCUUUCCAAGCUUGCAUUUUAUGUUACUUUUUCUGGAAAACUGCUAGUGUUUCUAAUUACUAAUUCCUAGUUCAAUAUUGUUUUCUCUUAAUGUAAGAGUUUCUGUCA